UACUUUUGGUGGUGACUAUGGCGAUGACGAUGGCGGAAGCGAUAUGGCUAGAAAUGCCGAGUACAGGGGCUAAAUGUGUGUAUGAAGAAAUCCGUAAUAACGUCGUCGUUUUGGUUGAGUAUGCUAUUGUUGGUGUCAAUGAGCACAAUCAUUAUAAUUUUCUUCACGAUUUGAUCUCCCUUAAGGUUACAUCACCAUUUGGAGUCAUUCUCCACCAUGAAGAAAAUGUCACAAAUGGUGAAUUUGCUUUUACAACCACUGAGCCUGGAAACUAUAUGGCGUGCUUUUUCAUGAAUAGCCAAGCUCCUGAUGGUAAAGUUGUACAAAUUGGUCUUGACUGGAAAAUUGGGAUUGCUGCCAAGGAUUGGGACUCAAUUGCUCGAAAAGAAAAGAUACAAGACAUUGAACUUGUGCUGAUGAAAUUCCAGGCAUGGGUGCAAGCCAUCCGUGAAAAAUUAAUCUAUAUGAAAAACAGGGAAGAAGAAAUGAGAGAAGUGAGUGAGAGAACGAAUGCAGCUGUGGCGUGGUACAGUGGAAUUUCCCUUAGUAUCUGCAUAUUGGCUGCAGCUACGCAAAUAUGGUAUUUGAAGCGCUUCUUUAGGAAGAAAAGACUCAUAUAG